AACUCUGUGUCAGGCACUGCGGUAUCAUCCGUCCACACAGCCUCACCUGGAGCUGGGAGAUGCCAUGACCGCCACACUCAUGGCCACGCUCUGUAUUGCGCUCAUUCUGGGCCCUAGGACCCGAGUGCAGGCAGGGACCCUCCCCAAACCCAGGCUCUGGGCUGAGCCACCAUCUGUGAUACCACGGGGGGGAACCAUAACCCUCUGGUGUGAGGGGCCUCUGGGGGCCCAGGAGUAUGGUCUGUACAAAGAGGGAAGCCACGUGUCCUGGACAAGACGAACAUCACUGGAACUCAAGAACGGGGCCAAGUUCUCCAUCCCAUCCGUGACAGAGCAGCAUGCAGGGCGACAUCGCUGUUUCUACCGAACCCCUUCUGGGGAGUCAAAGCCCAGUGAUCCCCUGGAGCUGGUGGUGACAGGAGUCUCCAGCAAACCCAGCCUCGCAGCCCUGCCCAGCCCUGUGGCGACCUCAGGAGGGAACGUCACCCUCCAGUGUGGCUCAAGGCUGGGAUAUGACAGGUUCAUUCUGACUGAGGAAGGAGGAGACAAGCUCUCCCGGACCCUGGGCUCGCAGAGAGGCCCCAGAGGGCAGGUCCAGGCCCUGUUCCGAGUGGGCCCUGUGACCCCCAGGCAGAGGUGGAUGUUCAGAUGCUAUGGCAGGUACUGGAGCCAACCCCAGGUGUGGUCGGAGCCCAGUGACCCCCUGGAGCUCCUGUUCUCAGGGACCACCCCAAAACCCCAGCUCCGGGCUCAGCCAGGCUCUGUGAUACCGGAGGGGAGUCCUGUGACCCUGUGGUGUGAGGGGACCCUGGAGGCCCAGCGAUACCAUCUGUACAGAGAGGGCAGCCCGGCAUUCUCAGUCACACAGACCUCACCCGAGCCCAGGAACAAGGCCAGGUUCUCCAUCCCAUCCAUGAGAGAAGGUGAUGCAGGGCGCUAUCGCUGUUACUAUCGCAGCUCUGCUGGCUGGUCAGAGCCCAGUGAGCCCCUGGAGCUGGUGGUGACAGGAGUCUCCAGCAAACCCAGCCUCGCAGCCCUGCCCAGCCCUGAGGUGACCUCAGGAGGGAACGUCACCCUCCAGUGUGCCUCACAGCUGGGAUAUGACAGGUUCAUUCUGACUGAGGAAGGAGGAGACAAGCUCUCCUGGACCCUGGACUCACAGCGAGGCCCCAGUGGGCAGGUCCAGGCCCUGUUCCGUGUGGGUCCUGUGGCCCCCAGGCAGAGGUGGACAUUCAGAUGCUACGGCUGUUACAGUAACAAACCCCAAGUGUGGUCAAAUUCCAGUGACACCCUGGAGCUCCUGGUCUCAGGGGGCCCUGAGGAUCAGACCCUCACGCCAGAGUCCGGACCCCAGGGUGGCAGCUCUCCAGGACCAGUCCCGCAAGGAAAUAAUCAGGCUGUGACCGGGGUCUCCGUGUCCUCCUCCCUGCUGCUGCUGCUCCUCUUUUUCCUCUUCUUUCUCUACUGGCACCGGGGAAGAAGCAGGAAGGCAGAUGCAGUCAUGAAGGACACAGAGCCUGAGGACAGGGUGGAGCUGGACACUCGGAGCCCACCUGCUGAGGACCCCCAGGGAGUGACAUACGCCCAGGUGAAGCACUCAGCACCCAGGAGAGGGGCCUCCCCUCCUUCAGCCAUGUCGGGGCAGCUCCUGGACACCAAGGAUGGACAGGCUGAGGAGGACAGGCUGACGAGCACUAAGACUGCUGCCCCUGAGGGUCCCCAGGACGUGACCUAUGCCGUGCCGUGCAGGUGGACCCUCAGACAGGGGGCAGCUGCACCUCCCUCCUUCCAUCGGGGGCCCUCCCUGAAGAGCCCAGCGUGUACACUGCCCUGGCGUCCACUCGCCCAGAGCUGUUUCAAAGGGCAGUAAGUGACAUCUCAGCCAGGGACACCCGACAGAGACUCCAGAGAUUCCAGGACCUUCUGAGACUCACCUGACCCUGCGGUCAGA